UCCUCUCUCUCUCUCUCACACACACACUUCUUAGCAGGCAAAAAAGAAAGAAUUCGUAACGUCAAUUUGAAAACCGAAAGGCUCUCUCUCUCUCUCUCUCUUCAAGAAAUAGUACUACAGUAUUUUUCUGUUUUUUAUUCUUGGUUGGGUUUAGGGAGAGAAAAUGGAAGGUUGUUCAGAAAAUUUAGAUGAUGGAGAGUUAUGGCUACCUUCUGAUAUUUUUCCUGUUGAAGAAAUCGUUUCCGUUUCAGUCCCUCACAAUAAUAAGUUUAAAAACAACAGCCCCACAACUUCUUCUUUUUGCUGUUGUGACUCUUGUCUUCAUCAUCACAAUGAUCAUCUCUCUUUGAAAGCAGCUGUUACUGAUGAAAAUAUUAUUCAACGUUUUGCUGCUAUUUCGCUUUUGCAACAACGUCCUCUUAAUAUUCACAGUGUUCCAAACUCAUUUCCCAUUACUGAGCGGUUCAGACCGGCUGAUAGGUACAGCUGCAAGGAUUAUUCACUUACGGAGUGUUUUGAAACCGGUCCACAACUGGUUUAUCAACCGGUCCAGCUUUAUCCACCGGUUCAACUUAAACAUCAGGUUGAGAGUUUGAUGGAAGCAAGAUCAAGAGUUUUACACGUGCAAGCAGAGAAGAACCGGUUUAUCAGAAUGCAUAACAUGAAAAGAAACCCCGGUCUAGACCGGUUCUCCGGAAACCGGUUUUUACCCUUUGGUGGCAGUGCUAAUGGAGGAAGUAGUUCUGGUAGAGAUUAUGGUGGAACUGGUGUUUUCCUUCCUAGAGUAUCCACCAACAACAUUGACAACAAUGUUGGAAAGAGACAAGGUGGUAGAAAUAGGCAAGAUGUUCAGCAAACUGGUCAGAGGUAUCCAUGCAUAUGACAAGAAAAAGGAAUGGCAAAGCCUAAAGAAAAUUGGACCUAUUGAUAUAUAGUAGUUUGGUCCUUAGUGUUGUGGUAGAUUAAAUAAUUUUGAACUGGCAUCUGACUGUGUUUAAAUUUGUCUUUGCCAGUUGCCUUGUUGAGGGAAAUGGUAAAGUCUUUUGGCAAAGGGACUUGUUUUUAAAUCUUUCCCUUUUUUGGUGUCUUCAUCUGACAAGUGUAAUGUGAGACUCCUUUCAAAUCUGUGUAUUUUAAUAAAUGCUCCUAGUUAUGGCUA